CUUGACAUGAGUGGCAGUCUCCGGCCGCUGGGAAGGAGGGGAAGGAGGGGAGUACUUAAGGCAGUGGGGGGCAAGGAUCAGCAGGAUGGGACCAGCAAGGGGCAAGUCAUUGAUGACAGUGAAGAUGAGAAGCCGAGUUCCCCCAAAGAGCGAUCAAAGAGGAGAGUUAGUGUGGAAUACGAGCAGGCAGCAAGCGAGACUGUAGCUAAAAGGCCAAAAUGGCAACCAAAGAACUGGGCGCAACAUCUGGAGAACAUACGGCAGAUGAGAAGCAGAAGGGAUGCGCCGGUGGAUCAGAUGGGAGCGGAGAAGUGCUAUGAUCAGAAUGCUGCCCCAGAGGUAAUGAGGUACCAGAUCCUUCUGUCGCUCAUGCUCUCCAGUCAGACUAAAGAUCAGGUGACCUCAGCCGCCAUGUGCAGACUGCGCCAGCACGGACUGACAGUUAGCAGGAUUCUGGAGACCGAUGAUGGCACCCUUGGCAAGCUGAUCUACCCAGUGGGGUUUUGGAAGAACAAAGUUAAGUACAUCAAGCAGACAACUGAGAUCCUACAAGAGAAAUAUGGUGGAGACAUCCCUGAUAAUGUCACUGACCUGGUGAAAUUACCUGGCGUAGGACCCAAAAUGGCUCAUCUGGUGAUGGACAUUGCCUGGAAUAACGUAUCUGGGAUUGGAGUGGACACUCACGUGCAUCGUAUUUCCAACCGACUAAAGUGGGUGAGAAAGGAAACAAAGACCCCGGAAGAGACUCGGGUGGCCAUGGAAGACUGGAUGCCUAGGGAAUUAUGGAGUGAGAUAAACUGGCUACUAGUGGGGUUUGGGCAGCAGGUCUGCCUCCCUGUGUCUCCCCGGUGCUCUGAAUGUCUCAACAAGGAUAUCUGUCCAGGUGCAAAGAAGAAAAAGCCAAGAUAAAGCUGCAGUAUGGAGUCGGAGUGAUUGGUUUGACUAAUGGAAAGUGACCGAACCUGCAGUGUGCUGGGUACUCUUGAGCAUAGCCUUCCUAUGGAAGAGAUCAUCAACUGUACGUAAAAAAUGGCCGCAGUAAUAGGCCGGCCAAAAUUACUUUUGAGGACAAAAAAACCACAUGUUGCACUGUAUCUGUUGGAAACCACAUUCUGCUGGGAAGGAAGCAGUAUUGUAAUGUCUUGGUAUUUACUAAAUGUGACCAUGCUUCCAUUUGACUUUUUAUGUUUUCAGUAAACUUGGGAAUACUG